AUGGCACCGGAAAGGGAGCUUCACAAGUUUCCCCGGGGGGAACGUUGCGAGUUUUGUGGCUCACGAAAGUGGUACCUCGAGAACGGUCUGAGGUACUGUGCCAAGGAAGGCCAUCAACUUGAGGGCUAUGUGGAAUUCGACCUUGGCGACGAGGAUUUCGGCCAGAAGGGCCGGGUAUCUCGCAAAGAGAAACAGAUCAAGGAGCACGUGAAACAGGUGCUCACUGGCCAACAGGCGCGGGAUCUGUAUCUCGAGUGCCUUCAGCUUAUACUGAGACAACAAGUACUCUGGCUGGUCACGGAAAAGGGUCACAAACCCGAACUGGAAACGGUUGUUCGCGACCUUUGGGACCUUCGGAUCUGCGGAGCUGCGACCGUUACUCACGAUGAUUCGGCCUCGGAGGGGGAGCCAUCUCUCUUCAGCUCACAGCUUGACCUCGCGCAGGAUGAACAGCCUCACAUGCCGACUAAGAGGGCACAGAGCUGGGCAGCGGAAAGUGACAACGGAUGGCCGGCGCCGCGUGUGAUGGAUACUCUGGGUCUCUGCUUCCUUGGUUGUGUUCUUCUCAGGAUACCAACCCGGAUCGGAGAUCUUGCGAGGUGGGCGAGGGUAGGAAGCAUCCCCUACACACAAGCUUAUCGGCGGCUGCCUCGAGAAAUGCGUGACAGAUUACCUCCGUGGUAUACCGCACCACUAAAGUCAGCACAUCUGGCUACGUUCGACCAGGGCGAACUUCAUGCCUCGGUCUUGAACCUUGCCCUGUCGUAUCAUCUCAAUUACAGCAUGGUCUUCCCCCCGCUUAACGACGUCUUGAUGACGAUGCAGUAUGCUCGUGAACUUGGCUUGCCUGUUGAGACAAUCGCCAUUGCACGCAGAAUACCGCCGAUUGCCGACCUGGCCUUUCGCUUCCCGCUUGAAAAGACCCGAGUCCGUCUCAUACACCAGCCGGAGAUUCUCCUCGUUGCCAUUCUCGUUCUCGCAACUAUUCACUGUUUCCCUUUCGAAGACUCCACGUGUUCCGCUCGAAAUGAGAACAACUUCAUGAUGCCAAGACUCGACUGGGAAGAGUGGAGAAGAAUCAUGGCGCCAGCUUUAAGUCCAGAAUCGUCUCGGACGACCAUCGACUACACAGAUGUUACGGCAUCACAUAUAAUAUCCAUGGAGCCGGGUGAGCUCGAUGAGUAUUUUGCACACUUAUCCCUGCUCACUGAUACGCAAGGUGAGGAAACGAUGCUCACGAGAUACUUUCCUGUCGAUGAGCAGCUUCCCAAGCAAGCGUUAUCCGAGACCCUCGAAGCUGAGACGGUCGCACGUUUGCGCACCAUCCAAGCACAAGCCGCAUCGUUCAAUGACCCAACCGAACAACCGAGGCAGACAGAGGGGAGUCUACGAAAGGGCAGAUACUACUCUUACAAAUCGGAAGAAGACUUGCCGCCAGUAGGCAGAGAAUUUUUCAAGCUUGCAGCUCAACUUGCAGGGCUGUCAGUUCCCAUGUUAGUACGAGCAGUCAACAUGCUCGAGGCGCACAUCACGUUCUGGCAAAAGGAGCAACUCCGUGUGGUAAACGAACGCCGUGAGAGAUCUCGAUCGGUCAUGAAUCUGGACUCGGAGAUUGAACAAACUACAUUUACCGAAUGA